AUGGAGUAUUACAUGGAUGAGAAAUGGAAAUUGUCAAAAGAUGAUAAGAAUACCUCUCUGUCAAGGAGUGUUUCCCAGAAGAUCUCCACAAAAUCUCCACUUCUAAGGAGUUUAACAAAGAAAAAUUCCUUCAAUCUAUCAAGGAGUUCUUCACAAAGGAGCAGCAGCACUUCUUCUUCAAACAAGUCGUCGUCCCUGUCGAGAAGUUCGUCCCAAAGGUGCACAGAAUUUACGCGCAAAUGCAGUAGCUUGGCCAAGGAACAGAAAGCAAAACUUUACAUAGUCAAGCGAUGCAUUACAAUGCUUGUCUGCUGGAAGAAACAUGGAGAUUCUUGA